AUGGGGAAUCUAUGCAAAGAUAUGGAAAAUUGUAAGCCAGCUUUUUGGCCGAUCUAUGCAAUUGUGCUCAUGGGAGCAGCCCUGUAUUGUUUCUACGUUUUCUCUGAUGUUUACAGAUUGUCUUCCUCAUCGUUUUCCCUUUUGCCAAUUACUCCAGCCAAAAUGCAGGAAUCCAAUUCUUCUCUGCCAUUAGCUCCCAUUUCUAGGGUACAAAACAAAUUAGUCAAACCAAUUUGGCAGGUCCCUCCAGCUGGUUCUAAGAUGCCACCUCUUAAGACUUUCAAACUGAGCAAGAAAUUGGUGCAGCAAAGAGUGAAGGAUAACAUCAUAAUAAUUACCUUUGGUAAUUAUGGUUUCAUGGAUUUCAUCUUAAACUGGGUAAAGCACUUGACAGAACUGAGCAUCGAAAACCUUCUUGUUGGUGCCAUGGACCCAAAACUGUUGGAGGCUCUUUACUGGAAAGGUGUACCAGUUUUUGAUAUUGGUAGCCAAAUGAGCACAAUAGAUGCUGGCUGGGGCUCGCCAGAUUGGAACAAGAUGCAAAGGGAGAGAAUUAUCCUGAUAGAUGCUCUCCUCCCUUUUGGUUUCGAACUCCUGGUGUGUGAUACAGAUACAGUUUGGUUGAAAAAUCCCUUGCCAUAUCUAGCACGUUUCCCUGAUGCAGACAUCCUGACAUCCACUGAUCAAAUUGUACCGACUGUUGUGGAUGACAGUUUGGACUUCUGCGACCAAAUUCACGUUCAUUACAAUGUAGGUAUUUUUCACUGGAGGCCAACAAAUUCCUCAAAAAAGUUUGUAAAAGAAUGGAAAGAGUUGAUUCUAGCGGAUCAAAAUAUAUGGGAUCAACAAGUUUUCAAUGACAUUAUCCGCAGGAAAUUAGGACCAUAUGUUGAUCAAGACAGUAAACUUAUUUAUGCUUAUGAUGGAGAGCUCAAGUUCGGUUGCCUCCCAUCAAGUAUUUUUUGCAGUGGGCAUACUUUUUUUGUCCAGAAGAUGUAUCAACAUCUCGAACUCGAGCCUUAUGCAACGCGUACAACCUUCCAACCUUGUGGUACUGAAGGAAAGCAUCAUAGGUUUCGAGAAGCAAAACUGUUAUACGAUCCACCAAGUUACUAUGAUGCCCCUGAAGGGUUCUUGACAUUUAAACCUUCCAUACCAAAGAAUUUGUUACUAGAUGGAGAGCAUAACAUUGAAUCACACUUCGUUCUUGUUAAUUACCAAAUAAAACAAAUUAGAACUGCAUUUGCUAUUGCUUCAUUGCUCAAUCGGACGUUGAUAAUGCCUCGUAUAUGGUGCAGGAUGGAUACUCUUUGGUUAUUCCGUCCUGGAGACAUGGUAGGCAGUAUUAUGAGACAACCUUUUAUCUGUCCUUUGGAUUAUGUCUUUCAGGUUGAUGUCAUUAUGAAAGGCUUGCCUGAGGAUGAAUUCGGACCAUCGAUAAGGAUAAAAGAGUAUUCUAUACUUGACAAUCCAUCCAUUCCCCAGAAAGUGAAAGAUUCGUGGCUUGAUGUAUUUCUUUGUCAAGAGGGUUCGCAUGGUUGUCAAGUUUCGUCAUAUGCUACUACAAAUCGAACAGGAGUCGUUAAAUUUCCCAAAAAUAGCUCCGAAGAAACGUACAGGACUGUAUUCUCACUAUUCAAAGAUGUCAAAGUCCUUCAGUUUUCAUCCAUGCAAGAUGCCUUCAUAGGUUUCACUGACAAGCCGAGAGAAGAAAAGUUCAGGAAACGUAUGAAGGCAUACAUAGGUAGAUGGUGUUGUGUGGAAGAUCACUUUCCAGGCCAUAUAUACUACGACAUCUAUUGGGAUGAAAAACCUGGUUGGAAACCUGUACCACCUCAAACUCCAGAAGACGACCAUCCACCUGAGUGAAGCUUCUUGUCCUAGUCUCUGAUGAUGUUGCUCCAAUACCUAAACUGGUAGAGAUGUUAAUUUUGUUAAUUGUACUAGUGAAAUGAAGUACUUUUAGUAAUCGCUCUAUAAUUGGCAACAAAUGUUCAUUUUCCUUUCUUUGGAGCAAAUGGACCUAUUUUAUUAAAGAAUGAACAAGUGAGCUUCAUGGAAGACCACUUGGGAUCCUCGGUGACAUAUUUUGAGUGCCAAUCCAAUGCCACCUCUAAUAUUACG